AUGUGCCAACUGAAUUGGCUGGUCGCCUUUGUAAACUAUCUACGAAUGUCAGUGAUCGACGACUGUCAAUUGGGUUCAGAGGACAUACGAAACGACACAUCCUUAUCAAAAAAUCCUUCUGUUCUCUCCGGUGACACCCUCAUCGUUCGUCCCAAGGAGCUUCCUGAGAAGGGCAAACCUUCCAAGGAGAGACUUUUGCACAUCGCCGGCUUGAGCGCACCCCGUAUGGGAUCGAUCAAUCGUGAAGACGAGCCUUAUUCUUUUUCUUCACGAGAGUUUCUACGUAAACUCCUUGUCGGUAAAGAGGUUGCUUUCAACAUCACUCAUACGUUAGACUCAAAGAAUGGCAAUGGACCGGCAGGGGACAGGGAAUUUGCUACCAUAUACAUAGCUCCUGCUGCUCCUGGACAAUCGCCUCAAGAUAUUGCUUUUCUCGCCGUCUCCUCUGGAUGGGCUAGGGUACGCGAGGGGGUAGGAGAAGGUGACGAGGCUGUCAGACGUUUAGGAACAGAUGAGGCAAAACGAAGAGAGGCUCUUCGAAACGCCGAGGCACAAGCCAAAUUGGACGGCAAAGGUCUCUGGGCGGAACAAGGCGAGAGCCAAUGCACGGUCUCUUUUCAAAUGCCGCCAGAUCCCGUUGCUUUCAUUGCAGAACACAAGGAUCAGGACAUUGAUGCAAUCGUUGAGCAAGUCCGCGAUGGUACUCAGUUCCGCGUCCGUUUGCUUCUUGACGACUCGAGACAUCAAUUUAUCAACCUUGUCCUUGCGGGUGCUAAGAGCCCACGGUCUUCUGCGCGGGACGGAGAUUCGAGUAUGGCAGAACCAUGGGGCGAAGAAGCCAAGCAUUUUGCGGAAGUCCGAGUCCUACAACGGUUGAUAAAGGUUCGCCUCCUCACAGCUCCGGCGAACUUGGGUGUCUCACCAUUUCAAAGUGGCCCCACACCCGCCGCAGCGUCGAAAACAAGUACAAAUGGUGCCUCAACACUUCCAGCUCCCACUACAGGUGGUCCAAGUAUCAUCAUCGGUACUGCCACGCAUCCUAAUGGUAAUAUUGCCGAGUUUCUCUGUGGGGCCGGUCUGGCCAAGGUCAUAGAUUGGCAUGCGGGCAUUCUGGCUCCGCUGGGUGGACUAGAAAGACUACGAGCCGCUGAACGAUCUGCCAAAGAAAAGAGACUUUGUUUGUGGGAGGGAUACGGCACAACGGCAAAGGGCACGAACGGUGUUGCAGCUCAUGUCGAUGUAGCCACAACAAAAGGCUCUACUUUCGAAGCUACAGUCGUUCGGAUAUGGGGAUCCGAUCAAUUGUCUCUCGUCGCUAAAGGGGACGAGGAUGGAAAGGAAAGAAGAGUACAGCUUGCAUCAGUCCGUGGACCGAGGGGCGCUGGAGUCAGGGAGACGUACUGGGCCAACGAGGCCAAGGAAUAUCUGCGAAAAAGGGUGAUUGGAAAACAUGUGAAUGUAUUCGUAGACUACGUCAAGCCUAAGGAUGGCGAGUAUGAAGAACGCGAAUGUGUCACCAUCACUAUAGGGGCACAUAACGAGAACAUCUCAGAGCAGCUCAUCGUUCGUGGUCUAGCGACCGUACUCCGACACAAAAGGGACGAUGAGGAUCGUUCCGCUGAGCUGGACAAAUUGGUGGCAGCGGAACAGAAGGCUGUCGAAGAAGAAAAAGGGGUGCAUUCUCAGAAGGAGGUAGCAUUGCCAAGGAUUGUGGACGCUUCCGAGAAUGCCAGUAGGGCGAGUCAAUAUCUACCCGCUUGGAAACGAGCCGGGAGACACGCUGCCGUGGUCGAAUUCGUUGCUUCAGGCUCUAGAUUCAAGCUGUUUCUACCAAAGGAAAAUGCCAAGCUCACCUUUGUCUUGGCUGGUAUACGAGCACCACGAGCCGCAAGAAGCAAUACUGAGAAAUCUGAACCGUACGGUCUGGAAAGUCAGAAACACUCAUCGAAAUAUAUGCAACGAGAUGCAGAAAUAGUGUUCGAUAGCACCGACAAACAAGGCGGGUUCAUUGGUACGAUGUUUGUUGGAGGCAUCAAUGUUGCUGUGGAUCUCGUCCGUGAAGGCCUUGCGACAGUGCAUACCCAUUCUGCCGAACAAUUGCCGGGUGGUAGGGAGCUCAUAGCGGCUGAAGAAGAGGCCAAGGCCGCAAGCAAAAAUAUCUGGUCCGACCUGGCCACUCAAGAGGCGCAACCCACAGCCGAUGAUGCCUUGGGUGCAUUGGCCCCUGAGUACCUGGAUGUCUACGUCUCUGCUGUUCGAGAUUCUGACCCAUUUGGCUUCUCAGUGCAAGUUCUGGAUCCUCCGAGUGUGUCAGCUUUAGAAAAGCUCAUGAGCGAUUUUUCACUCCAUCAUCGCACGUCCACUUCCGCUUCUCCCGCCGGCUUCACUCCCAAACUGGGGGAUCUGGUGUCUGCAAAGUUCACCGAGGAUGAUCAAUGGUAUCGUGCCAAAGUCAAGAGGGUAUCGGUAAUGAGGAAAGAGGCUUUGCUACAAUUCAUCGAUUAUGGUAAUGAAGAAACGCUUCCUUUCACUCGGAUCAGACCUUUGGAUACCAAGUUCAAGGGUCUGCCCGGUCAGGCGAGAGAUGCUCGGUUGAGCUUCGUCAAGCUUCCCGCUAAGGACAAAGAUUACGGUCCUGAAGCUUAUAGACGGUUUGGUCGGCUCACGGAGGGUAAAAAACUCGUCGCCAAUAUCGACCACAGGGAAGGCAGUCUACUGCAUCUUCGCUUGAUCGACCCGACCGAUCCCAAUUCUGCCGAAGAUCCGCUUACAUGUCUCAAUGCGGACUUGGUGCGAGAAGGACUAGCAUCUAUCGAUAAGAGCUGUCGUUAUCUUUCUGCCUAUCCGCAGAUUGUGAAAAAGCUACAGGAUGCUGUGGAAGGAGCCAAAGCCGACCGUUUGGGAAUGUUCGAAUAUGGCGAUGUGAGUGAAGACUAGUACUGUGCAUAGAACGAUCAACGAUCAUCAUGACAAGAUCAAGAGAAUCAUAAAGGCAUGUCAAUGAGUGCAUGAACUGCAAUGCAUAGUGUUUCACACUGAGAAG